UCUGAAGUUGUAGACAUGGAACAACGUGGAGAAAGUAUGAGGAAGCGAGAUGUUGUUGACAGAAUCAGUGAGUUACCUGAACCUUUGAUUCUAAAGAUAUUGUCUUUACUCCCAACAAAACUUGUGAUAGCAACAAGUGUUCUGUCUAAGCGAUGGCGGUGUGUUUGGAAAAUGGUGCCGAUUCUCAAGUUUGAAUCUAAAGGGAACGUACAGAAAUUCGCAGAGAAUGUUACCAAGUCUUUGCUUUCACACAACUCUCUGGAGGCUCUUCAUCUGAAAGUUAACGAUAGAUGUGAGGAUGUAUACAUUGGAAUAUGGGCUGGAAUUGCAGUUACACGCCAUGUGCGCGAGAUCGAGCUUGAUCUUCAUUUUCUUUGUGGCGAUCCAAUCAGAUUUCCAAGCAGCUUGUUUAGUUUGGACACACUUGAGACCUUGAAACUCAAGCAUUACGUUCUUCUUGAUAUUUCGUCUCCGGUGUCUCUCAAGUCCCUUAGAACUCUUCACCUUCAUUCUGUGGUGUUCAAAGACGGUGAAUCUAUUCGUAACCUUUUCUCUAGCUGCCCUAAUCUUGAACAUUUGGUCGUCCAUCGAGGUUUCCACUAUAAAGAUGGAGUGAAAUUCGUUAUCGACUCUCCAUCUCUGAAGACACUAUCGAUUUUCGGAGGUGAGAGUUAUGGAAAACAUAAUGGGGGCUUUGUGAUAAACGUUCCUUCUUUGCAAUACUUGAAUGUUCAAAUGUUAAAAGGUUAUGAGUAUUGUCUGAUUGAGAACGCGCCUGAGCUAGUAGAGGCGAAUAUUAUAUGUGUUUCUAAUACAACCAAUGAGAUUAUUAUGGGGUCUCUCAAGUCAGCCAAACGUCUGUCCCUGGACUUAUCACCUUUGGAGAUUGCAUAUCCUACCGGUAUGAUCUUCUAUCAGCUGGUGCAUCUUGAUAUGUAUACACAUAAAAAGGCGUGGUGGGAUCUACUUACGCUCAUUCUUGAUAGCUCUCCUAAACUACAAGUUCUGAAGCUUAUUGAUCAUUCGUCUCAAAAGUCAAAGCUGGUUGAUGAUAAGAAAAAUAUGGACCCAGGGGAAUGGAACCAACCAAAGUGCGUCCCUGAAUGUUUGUUGUCCCAUCUCGAGACGUUUGUGUGGACAAGACCUGACUGGAUUAGAGAAGAGGAGAGAGAAGUGGCUAGAUACAUUCUAAGCAAUUCACAGCAGUUGAAAAAGGCAACUUUCAUCAUAGAUCCCAUUGAACCGAAAAGGCUGUUCAGGUUAGCAAGAAGACGAGAAAUGCUUAACGAGUUGCCUGGUGUGGUCAUGGCUUCCAGUUCAUGCAACCUUGUUUUUGAAUCUGAAUGAUUAUAUAUGUAUCACUCUUUUCAGUCACGUACGUUUAUCUUGUUUAGAUUGAAUAUGCUUUACUGCAAAAGUUUGGUAGACCGCAUUAUCUGCUUCUCAACUUCACAAUAUGCAGAAGUUGUGGAUGAGUUGUUGCAUAAAUCUUGAACUUAAAUAUUUGUUCUCAAUUAAUAGUGUAAUUUUAAAUUCUAAUACAAAGACGCAAUGUAAGGGCUACAAAAGACCAAGACAUCGUCAAGAUUAACCUUAGUUUCAUCUCCAAAGAUAGAUUCUUUCCCAUCUUUUCUCUUAGCAUAUGACAAGCCCAAUCUAGACUUAGCCAUCCUCAAGUCACCAAUCCCUGAGUUCGUAUCCGGACCAGCAAAUCCGCCCAUCACUGGAGCUAAAGGUGGUCCAAUAAGAAGCCCGUCAGCUCCAAACUGAGGCCCUCCCCGUGCAUAAUCAAACAGAGCCGCUCCACUACCUCCAACCUUAGGAAGGACGACUGGUUCAUCGCUCUCGUCGAGCCAGUAGAAGAGAAAAGCGUCGAAUGUAUCAUAAUAAUCAUCAGUGCUUCUAUAGCCUUCAGAGCUAAAUCCACCAAACUUGAAAGACAUGUCUUUGGUGUAAGCUAUGAUAACACAUGGACCUUUGAAAUCACAAAGUUCAUGGAACUUUGUUGCGCUAAACCCAUCGAUGCUUGCCUUGUAGCAACAUUUUAAUUCUUUUCCUAUGAUUAAAAAGAAUUUCAGAUAAAAACUCACUUCUUUUCACGUAGAUUGUACGAGUCUAAUAGAAUGAAGAAUGCAUUAUAUUUAUAUUACCCUUUAGGAAGGUUUUGUUUACCAACGAAAGAGAGAAAGGAACUUCGACGUCGUCGUGGUAGACCAGUUUCUGUGGCAGUCGGAGAUUGUCUGGUUUCUCACCGGAGUUCCAACCAAACAGACCACUGUAAGGACUUCUUCUCUUCAAGAUCUUUACGGUACGAACUGGGUUUGAGAUGAUGGCACACGAAGACAUUUCUUGCCACACAACAAAACAUAGAAGAAGAAAACUAGACAAAGAAAGCAUUCAUAGUUGUUGUAAUCGAGAACUUGUGGUUGUCCUUGUUUUUACUAACAAGUGUCUAAUCCGGUUCAACAAAACCGAACCAAUCCGAGUUCUUACUUAAUGUUUUCUUUGUAGUACAUCGAGC